GAAUGUUUAUACUCAACACAAAGUACUACAUUAAUAAAAUGUUUGUACUGUUCUGAAACAUCUCUCUACCAUUCAUCUUCCUCGUGAACCGUUAAAAGGGUUUAAAGCCAUAUACCCUUCUUUUCUUUUUCUUCCUCAAACAAAAAGCUUGCAACUUUGAACCAUUUCCACUCUCUGCUUCUCUUUAAAAUGGAAGUAGAUGGAAGCAGAUCCUGGGAAGAAGAUAUUUACUGGAACAAUUUUCAGUUCAUUCAUUUCACCCAAUUUCUUCAAACCACUGAUUUCCAACAACAACUUGCACUUCCUAAAACAUUUUCAGACAAUUUAAAAAAGAAGUUGCCAGAAAAUGUGACCCUUAAGGGUCCUAGUGGAGCUGUGUGGGAUAUUGGGUUGACAACUAGAGAUAAUACUGUUUACUUCGUGGGCGGUUGGGAGCGAUUCGUGAAAGAUCAUUCUUUGAAAGAGAAUGAUUUCCUUGUCUUUAAGUACAAUGGUGAAUCACUCUUUGAGGUUUUAAUCUUUGAUGGAGAUAACUUUUGUGAGAAGGCAACUUCUUAUUUUGUCAGAAAAUGUGGACAUGCUCAAACUGAAGAAGGGGGUAGCAAGGUAAAGAACACAAACACAUCUGUUGAAGAAGUCAAUACUGCUUCUAAUGGUGGCGUUGACUGUGGUUCACCUGAGACAUUUCGGGUUCGGCGUCUUGACAGUAUAAGAACACCAUUAGCUGUACCUGUCAAAACUACUGAUAAAAUGACAUUAAAUGCUUUUUUUGAAUCUGCUUCCCCUAAGGAACUCCCCGUCUACUUUCCCAAACAACCAACCGGCCAAAGGACCAAGAAGCCAGCUAAUGAAGUUACACCUGGCCAGACUAAGAAGCGAGGAAGACCGCCAAAAGAAGGUAAUUCUCGUGAAGGAGCACUUGAUUUGAGGGCUUCUAACAAGGAACACUCAGAGGCGGCACAGUCAAGGUUAUCGUCAGCAAAGGAUGAGAAAAAGUUAGCCCAGUCAUUUACCUCAACUUUUCCAUAUUUUGUUAAAAUAAUCAAAACGUUCAAUGUCGAUGGUCCACGUAUUCUGAAUGUACCCCAUCAAUUUUCCAUAGCACAUCUUCCAAACGGCAAGAUAAAGAUUAUUCUUCGUAAUUUGAAGGGAGAACAGUGGACUGCUAAUUCUGUUCCUAGAAGUAGAGUGCAUACAAGUCACACUCUAUGUGGAGGAUGGAUGUCUUUUGUUCGUGCCAAUAACAUAAAGCUUGGAGAUGUCUGCGUUUUCGAACUUAUAAAUGACUGUGAAUUACGUGUUCGCGUUGCUGAGGUCGACGAAGAUGGGCUAGUCUCCGAGGUUCAAAAGGAAGGUAUUGAUCAUCAAAAUGGCAGUUGUGAAACUUAAUAACAUGUGGCUAGCUACCGUUCAAUCUACCUGCUAACGUUCUUGUUUAUGAGACAGAUGAAUCAAUCUCCGACGUAUCAUCAUAAACCAUGUUAUGCAUGUAUUAUGAUGGUAAGAGUUGCAAAAAGAUUUGUGCAUUUUAUGCAUGUUAGUAAAUUCAUGUUGUAUCUUAGUAUAUGUUUAGAUGUCACCAUUCACAUCCCAAUUAGCUGUAUCAUCACUAAUCAAGAUCAUAGAAUGUAUUUAACUAUCUAUAUUUAUUAUGCUACUGAUUUUUAGUUCAUA